GCUGGAUGCCCUCGGCUCCCUGAGCGUUUGACUUGACGUUUCACUGUACUACUGCUUCCGUCUCCCUGGCUCCCUCUCCUCCCGCUGGCACCGAGGAGAUCCCCGUCCCGUCUCUGCGAUGACUCCUCAUCCGACCGCAGCUCAAAAGCAGCGACGCUUGAAAUGACCGCUUGGACUUUCUUUUGCCGUAACGCACAAUUAAGACGGGAACCGCUCGGUUUUGGCGUGUAAAAGCACCGUGAAAUCGGGAAAACAUGCAGGGGAAGCUGACGGAGAACCAGACUCCCACCUCAUCGAGGGCGUCGUCGUUUUUUAUCGAGAACCUACUGGGCAAAGGGCGGACUGGGCCGGAGCCGAUGUCGAACAGCAGCCGCGGUGAAGCUGAUGUGGAGACGGUGUCCACCGGCCGAGCCCUGAACGCUUAUCACGCCGAGACGAGCGCUCCGACGCCCGAAGGCUCCAGCUCCACGGCUCGGUCCCCGUACAGAGACUCGCCGUUGCAGUGGUACCGCGGAGGUACUGCCUUAAACUUCAGAGCUUUGGAGACACCGCAGAGUCCAAGAGACAACACAGGUAAAGAUGAGCACUGCGGCUCCAUAUCGACCAGUGACAGAUGCUCCCCCGCCGUGUCUGAGCCGAUCACUGAGGACAGCGACGAGACGGACAGGAAAACCGCCGACAGCAACCUGACGGACGACAACGAGGACGCCCAAAACGGGUUUGACACACGAUCAGAGCAAGACCCAUCCUCGGACCCGAGUCCCAACCGGAAGAAGAAGACCCGGACCGUGUUCAGCCGCAGUCAGGUGUUUCAGCUGGAGUCUACCUUCGACGUGAAACGGUACCUGAGCAGCUCGGAGAGAGCGGGGCUGGCGGCGUCCCUGCACCUGACAGAGACUCAGGUCAAGAUCUGGUUCCAGAAUCGGAGGAAUAAAUGGAAGAGACAGCUGGCGGCGGACCUUGAGGCUGCGCACAUCCCACACUCGAGUCAGCGAAUUGUCAGGGUCCCCAUUCUGUAUCACGAGGGACCUGCAGCCACUGCAGCUCUGGGGUUCAACCUGGCCGGACAUUCAGUUUCUUCACCCGUCGCGGGCUUCUCCAGCUCCAUCAAUUACCCCCUGUCCUCGUUUGCUCACUCCAUGAGCAUGUUAAGAUCGCAGAUGACCGGCUUGGUGUAAAGACUGUUGGCCACUGAUGUAUCAAAAUGUUGGUUAAUAACUAUAAUUCAAUCUGAAUCGUGCAAUAACCCACAAUGCCGCAGAAAUCUAUUGUCUGCAUCCAAAGAUAAAAGCCGCAGAGGCCGUGAUUAUAAAACACAUCAAUAAAUCAUUUUUGUAAAUCUGUUCAUAAGAGUCUGUGCUGCUGUCACAGAAUAACAGCAGAGGCACGGCGCGGCCGAGAUGUUCAUGUACUGUUCUGUAUGUUUCAAUAUACACAUAUUUUUGCAAACUUUUAUAUUUAAAGCCACAAAUCUUUCAAACUUUGUCACUUUUUCACAUGAUAGAUAAAUAAAAAAAAAAAUCAA